CAAAAACGGUUCAACAGUUUUAUUUUUGAACGGAAAUUACGUGACGUUACGUUACCGAGCUUGACGCUGGUUUGCUAACUUCUGUGUGGUCAGCCAACCGAAGCAUGGGGUUCGCUGACUAUCCGUGUUUUACUCUCUAGGUUAGCUAGCUAAAUGAUUGAAAUGCCUUGUCGAGUUUGAUACUAUGGCCGAUACUUGCUUUUUAAUGUUAUUUAUUUGAUUUUAUCAAAAUGGAAUUGUUAGCCUGUGCGUAAUAGCGAACUCGUCUCUGUACAUCCCUCAUCUUAACGACCAGCGUCCUGAACACAGCUAUGAUGUGAUUAUGAAUAACAGCCGUCGAGGGAAGUUAUAAUUGCCAUUAUCACAGCUGAAUGGCUACUAUAGCAGCUUGUCCGCCUUCAUUUGACGCCUGCAUGCUGUUAUUUCGCUAGCCAUUUGAGCUCCGCGUCAGGAGGAACCGCUAUAUUCUUGGCGGAAAUAACCGAAGUGAUCGCAUUCACUGCACCGUAGUUAGUUCACGUCCGAAAGAUGUCUUUCUUCAAUUUUCGGAAGAUAUUCAAGUUGGGGCCUGAUAAGAAGAAGAAGCAGUAUGAACAUGUACAUAGAGACGUUAACCCCGAGGAAAUAUGGGAUAUCAUUGGGGAGCUGGGAGAUGGAGCGUUUGGGAAAGUCUACAAGGCUCAGAACAAGCAGAAUGGGACCCUCGCUGCUGCUAAGGUUAUUGACACAAAGACAGAGGAUGAAUUGGAGGAUUACAUGGUGGAGAUUGACAUUCUGGCCUCUUGCAACCACCAUCACAUCGUCAAACUGCUGGAUGCCUUUUAUUUUGAAGGCAAACUUUGGAUUCUGAUUGAGUUCUGUGCGGGUGGUGCAGUGGAUGCCAUCAUGCUGGAACUGGAGAGACCCCUGACAGAGCCCCAGAUCCGUGUGGUGUGUCGACAGACCUUGGAGGCCUUGUCUUACCUCCACGAGAACAAAGUUAUCCACAGAGACUUGAAAGCCGGGAACAUUCUCCUCUCCUUGGAUGGAGAAGUGAAACUGGCUGAUUUUGGGGUGUCUGCUAAAAAUACCAAGACGUUACAGAGAAGAGAUUCUUUCAUCGGCACUCCGUAUUGGAUGGCCCCAGAGGUGGUAAUGUGCGAAACUUCUAAGGACCGUCCGUACGACUUUAAGGCCGACAUCUGGUCCCUCGGGAUAACCUUGAUAGAGCUGGCACAGAUUGAGCCACCCAACCAUGAGAUGAAUCCCAUGAGAGUGCUGCUGAAAAUAGCCAAGUCCGAGCCCCCCACACUCAUGCAUCCCUCUCGCUGGUCACCUGAAUUUAACGACUUUCUGCGGAAAGCACUUGAUAAGAAUGUGGAUAAUAGGUGGGGCACUUUACAGCUUCUACAGCAUCCUUUUGUUACCAGUGUAACUGAUAGCAGACCUCUCAGAGAGCUCAUAGCCGAGGCCAAAGCUGAAGUCACGGAGGAGAUCGAGGAUAGCAAAGAGGAGGAGGAGGAGGAAGAGCCUGAUACGCCUUUGGCGGCUCCUGGGCACAAGCGAGCGCCUUCAGAUGCCAGUGUGGCCAGCUUAGAGGAUGACAAAGUCCCACCAACUCCCUCCACGCUGGAAUCUGUUACAGAAAAGACGGAGGCCGAGCGUGCUGAGGACGGGACCAGUGAUAAGCUCUCUGAUGAAGGACUUGGAACUAGUGAGGUAGACAAGACCGAGGAGGAGAAACUCAAUGAGGUAUCGGAUGCCAGUAAUGAAGACCUGGCUUCUGGGCUAAUAGAGCCCACCAAGGACACAAUUUCACAAGAUCCUGAAGAAACUAUUAAACCAGAAGAUGCUCAAGCUGAAGAAAUUCCUGCUGAGCCUGUAGUGUCACAGCCAGAAGAACCUAUAGACAAACAAGAUGUGACACUUGUCACUGAUGGUCCAGAAGUAGAGGAACAGAAGGAGACAAAAGAGGAGAAAAUGCAGGAUGAACCUACCCACAUAAUAAAAGAGGAAAGAGAGCCAGAGGAGGUGAAAUUUGAGGUAGAAAAAGAAGAUGGUACAAAAGAAUCUAUAGAAUCACAAGAGCAACCUGAAGAUACACCAGAAGAACCAGAAUCCAUAUCCGGAGACGUGGCAAAGGCAGAAGAAGAAAGCAAAGAGCCUGAUGAGGAAACGCCUGAACAUAAAGUGACAAAGGACAGAAUAGAAGACACAGCUAAUGACACAGUCAUAAAUAUAGACACACAGAAUUUAGAGUCAAAUGUUGUGGACACAAACAUAAAUGGAGACACAGACACAAAGUCAAGCGUGGGUGAGUUGUCAGCUGAGGUUUUGUUGGAGAAGGAGGCCAUAGAAAGUCAGCCAGAUGAAAAUCCUGAAGAUAAGGCCACUAAGGAGGCAGAGCAGCCUGUACAAGAGAAUCAGACUAAGGGGGAGGUUGAUUUGGAGGCACAGGCCCCAACUGAAUCCAAAAAUGGAGUCAGUGAUGAAGCCAAAGACACUUCUGACAAUUCAGAACACGUGAUCCCAUGUAAAGAAGGUCCUGUGAAGGAAGAUGAGGUGAAAGCUAGUCACACAGAUGAGAGCAUUUCCCAAGAUACUGUCUCCGUCCUGGAGAGUGAAACCGAUUCAGUAAGCAAGAUUGAGCAUGGAAGCCCUGCUGUUAUUAAGCCGGAUUUGGAGAAGGACUCUGACUCUGGAAGCAGCUCUGCUGCUGACAGCAACAGUCUUGACCUCAAUAUGUCCAUCUCCAGCUUCCUGUCAAAGAGUAAAGAAGGGGGCUCUGUGUCUAUGCAGGAGUCAAGGCGUCAGAAGAAGACUCUGAAGAAGACACGUAAGUUCAUGGUGGAUGGCGUAGAGGUCAGUGUGACAACGUCAAAGAUAGUGACAGAUAACGACGCCAAGAGCGAAGAGAUGAGGUUUCUGAGGCGGCAGGAGUUGAGAGAGCUGCGCCUCUUGCAGAAAGAGGAGCAGCGGGCCCAGCAGCAGCUAAGCAACAAGCUGCAGCAGCAGAGAGAGCAGAUCUUCCGCCGGUUUGAACAGGAAACUACUGCUAAGAAGCGUCAAUAUGACCAAGAAGUGGAGAACCUUGAAAAGAAGCAGAAGCAGACCAUUGAGCGACUGGAACAGGAUCACACCAGCCGUUUGCGAGACGAAGCCAAACGCAUUAAAGCGGACCAAGACAAGGAGCUAUCCAAGUUCCAAAACAUGAUGAAGAACCGGAAGAAAGAGGUCAAACAGGAAGUUGGACAGUCCCCCAAACAUAUGAGAAAAGAGCUCAUGAAACUCAUAAAGGAGGACCUAUCGUUACUUAAGACCGCAGAGGCAGUGGCCCAGGUUAUGAUACAGUCUUUUCAGUUGUCCUCAUGUGCACUCUUCAACGCUCAGAUGCAGGAUGAGCAGGAGUUCCUACAGAAGCAGCAGCAAGACCUGGACGGGGCUCUGAAGAAAAUCAUCCAGCAGCAUAAACUGGAGAUCACCACUAUUGAGAAAGACUGCCUGAACCACAAGCAGCAGUUGAUGAGAGCUCGAGAGGCGGCCAUGUGGGAGUUGGAGGAGCGCCACCUGCAGGAGAAGCACCAGCAGCUGAAGCAGCAGCUGAAAGACCAGUACUUCCUACAGAGACACCAGCUGCUGAAGAGACAUGAUAAAGAGAUGGAGCAGAUGCAUCGCUACAACCAGCGGUUGAUAGAGGAGAUGAAGAACAAACAAACUCAAGAGAGGGUUCGUCUGCCCAAGAUUCAGCGCAGCGAGGCCAAGACUCGCAUGGCCAUGUUCAAGAAGAGCCUCCGCAUCACCGCCACUGCAGCUGUCACGCCCGAGCAGGAGAGAGAGCGGAUAAAACAGUUUGCGUCUCAAGAAGACAAGAGGCAGAAGAACGAGAGGCUGCAUCAACACCAGAAACACGAGAACCAGAUGAGGGAUCUCCAGCUGCAGUGUGACUCAAACAUCAGGGAGCUGCAGCAGCUGCAGAAUGAGAAAUGCCAUCUUCUGAUUGAACAUGAGACCCAAAAGCUGAAGGAGCUGGAUGAGGAGCACAGCCAAGAGAUAAAGGAAUGGAGAGAGAAGCUGAGACCCAGGAAGAAGGCGUUAGAGGAGGAGUUCACACGGAAGCUCCAGGAGCAGGAGGUCUUCUUUAAGAUGAGCGGCGAAUCCGAAUGCCUUAACCCCACCGCCCAGAGUAGAGUAUCCAAAUUCUACCCGAUCCCCAACCUGCACAACUCUGGAUUAUAGCCUUGUGUCUGUCUGUGCUCCAAAACGGACUCCUAUCUAACUUGGCUGCUCUAAAUGACUCAUCCUGGUGGAGUGACAUCAUUUCUCCGACCUUUGCUGAUAAAAUGUCUUGACCGCUUAGAGUCCAGCGUUAGUGAGCAUAACAUGCCUACACACGGUUCCCUCACUUAAUCACAUUUUUCUCAGCUUGUUGGGGAAUGUCCAAUGAUAAUAAUAUGCACUUUUUUGAGCAUGUUGACGUUUUAAAAACCUACAGUUGGUAGCAAAGGCCAAUCAUGUUUGAGAUUAUUGUAAGCACAGCCUACUGCAGUAUGAAUGAUCUCUAGUGCCUCAUAUGUUCAUGUCAUUUCUGCAUUUAGGCCCCUCCCUGUGUUUUACAGUAAAUGCGGUGCCCCCUGAAAGUCUUGCACUUAAAUAACUAGUUUCUAUACUAUUUUCACCCACAAUCACAAGAUGUUGAGAGAUUAUUUUAAUCAUUUCACAUGUACUGGUGAUUAAAACGACUGAGAUCUCGUGUUGCUGCAUGUACGGUAGAGCUGGUUCAAUGGAGAUGUACUAUUCAGUUAAAAGAAAGUCUGUAGUUGUAAGAUUUUGUUAUGACUGCGUAGUCUUAUGUCAAAAACAGCGCCAUGUUGAAAUCAUAAGGUUACGAGUUAAAAUGAAAAGGAAUGUACUGUGUUGUUAAUGAUGCGCUGAGUGAAAUGUUACAUGUGUGUACCUACAUGUAAAGUUCAAUCAGAUACUGUGCUUGUCAUGAGGGUUUUAGCAAUUUUGAGAACAAGAAUAUCUCUAUUUCUUUAGCACAUCAUUUCAUUUAGGUGCUGUACUUCCAUUUAGUUAAACACAGGUGUGACCUGUUACUUCAUGGAGAAUGAAGAAACACAUUUUUAUAUGUAUAUAUAGAAAACUGUUCACACUGACAUUAAACCUAAAGGAAUGUAAAA